AUGGCCAAGAAAAAGAUCCUUACGGUACGGCAGCAUGGCUUAUCACACCUUGGACAUGUGAAGGGAAGGAGUGACAAGAUGGCUGAGGUUCAACUAUGCUACCUGGAAGCACAAAGAGAUGCUGUUGAGCAGAUGUCCCUCAAGCUCUACAGUGAGCAGUACACCAGCAGCAGUAAGAGGAAAGAAGAGUUUGCCGAUAUGUCCAAAGUUCAUUCAGUGGGAGGCAAUGGGCUUCUGGACUUUGAUUCCGAAUAUCAGGAGCUCUGGGAUUGGCUGAUUGACAUGGAGUCCCUCGUGAUGGACAGCCACGACCUGAUGAUGUCAGAGGAGCAGCUGCAGCAUCUUUACAAGCGAUACAGUGUGGAAAUGUCCAUCAGGGACCUGAAAAAGACGGAGCUGCUUAGUAAGGUUGAAGCUCUGAAGAAAGGUGGCGUUUUACUACCAAAUGAUCUCCUUGAAAAAGUGGAUUCAAUUAAUGAAAAAUGGGAACUGCUUGGGAAAACCCUAGGACAGAAGAUCCAGGACACAAUGGCAGGACACAGUGGGUCUGGUCCACGUGACCUGCUCUCUCCCGAAAGCGGAAACCUGGUGAGGCAGCUGGAGGUCAGGAUCAAAGAACUGAAAGGGUGGCUGAGAGAUACAGAGCUUUUCAUCUUCAAUUCCUGCCUGAGACAAGAAAAGGAAGGAACAAUGAACGCUGAGAAACAACUGCAAUACUUUAAGUCCCUCUGUGGUGAAAUCAAGCAGCGACGUCGUGGAGUGGCCUCCGUCCUGCGAUUAUGCCAGCAUCUUCUAGAUGACCGGGAGACUUGCAAUCUGAACGCAGACCACCAGCCCAUGCAACUGAUCAUUGUAAAUCUUGAAAGAAGGUGGGAAGCCAUUGUCAUGCAGGCUGUCCAGUGGCAAACACGGCUACGAAAGAAGAUGGGAAAGGAGUCUGAGACUUUGAAUGUGAUUGAUCCUGGCUUGAUGGAUCUAAAUGGGACGAGUGAGGAUGCCCUGGAAUGGGAUGAAACUGACAUAAGUAACAAGUUAAUUAGUUUGAAUGAAGACUCAAAUGACCUUGAUCAAGAACCCCAACCUGUCAUGCCUUCCUUAAAGCUUGAAGAGAUAGGUAGGGAGGACCCCGGUUAUGAAGAAGAGGCAGGUGACCAUGCGGGAUCUCAGUAUGCCUCGAGUAUCACUGUCCCCUCCAGUCCACACAUUUACCAAGUCUACAGCCUCCACAAUGUUGAACUGUUUGAGGACAACCACAUGCCAUUUCUGAAAAACCAUCCAAAGUUCACCAGCGUGACACAGCCUAGUGUUUUAACGAAGAGUCUCAGUAAAGACUCUUCGUUUUCAUCCACCAAAUCUUUGCCGGACCUUGUAGGAGGUUCCAAUUUGGUAAAGCCUUGCCCAUGCCAUAGAGGUGACAUGAGCCAGAAUUCAGGCAGUGAGAGUGGAAUCAUGAGUGAAGGAGACACUGAAACCACUACCAACUCUGAAAUGUGCUUGCUCAAUGCGGUAGAUGGGUCCCCAAGUAACCCUGAAACUGAACAUCUGGACCCACAAAUGGGAGAUGCCGUUAACGCAUUAAAGCAAAAAUUUAAAGAUGAGGAGGAACGCAUUAAGCUUCCAAAUAGCUCUCAGUCAUCCAUUUCACCAGUGGGUUGUGUAAAUGGAAAAGUUGGAGAUUUAAACAGUGUUACCAAAUAUACCCCUGAUUGUUUGGGAGAAGAAUUACAAGGAAAACAUGAUGUGUUUACGUUUUAUGAUUAUUCUUACCUCCAAGGCUCAAAACUCAAAUUACCAAUGAUAAUGAAACAGUCACAAAGUGAAAAAGCACAUGUGGAGGAUCCCCUGUUUCAUGGUUUUUAUUUUGAUAAAAAGUCCUGCAAAUCUAAACAUCAGGCUACAGAGUUACAACCAGAUGCACCUCCCCAUGAAAGGCUUUUGGCAAGUGCAUCCCAUGAAAUGGAUCGAAAUUCAUAUAAAAAUAGUGAUGUAGAGAAGACAUUCACUGGCAUGCAGAAUGGCAGACAGCUCUCCCUGUUAUCCCACAGUUCAUCUAUCGAGUCCCUUUCUCCAGGGGGUGAUUUAUUUGGAUUGGGCAUCCUUAAAAAUGGUGGUGACAGCCUCCAGCGAAGCACUUCCUUAGAAAGUUGGUUGACAUCCUAUAAAAGCAAUGAGGAUCUUUUUAGCUGUCACAGCUCUGGGGACAUAAGUGUGAGCAGUGGCUCAGUUGGUGAACUGAGUAAAAGGACACUAGAUCUCCUGAAUCGUUUGGAGAAUAUCCAGAGCCCUUCGGAGCAAAAGAUAAAGCGGAGUGUUUCUGAUAUGACUCUCCAAAGCAGUUCCCAAAAGAUGUCCUUUACUGGCCAGCUAUCAUUGGACAUAGCAUCUUCUAUCAAUGAAGACUCGCCAGCGUCUCUUACAGAACUUAGCAGCAGUGAUGAGCUCUCUCUUUGCUCAGAGGAUAUUGUAUUACACAAGAACAAGAUCCCAGAAUCAAAUGCAUCAUUCAGGAAGCGCCUGACUCGGUCGGUGGCUGAUGAAAGCGACGUCAAUGUCAGCAUGAUUGUUAAUGUCUCUUGCACCUCUGCUUGCACUGAUGAUGAAGAUGACAGUGACCUCCUUUCUAGCUCUACCCUCACCUUGACAGAAGAAGAGCUAUGCAUCAAAGAUGAGGAUGACGACUCCAGUAUUGCAACAGAUGAUGAAAUUUAUGAAGAAUGCAGCUUGAUGUCAGGGCUGGACUAUAUAAAGAAUGAACUGCAGACAUGGAUCAGACCAAAGUUUUCCUUGACAAAAGAUAAGAGAAGGUGCAAUCUCAGUGAUGAAAUAAAGGGCAGUAAGGAUGUAAGUAGUAGUGAGAUGACCAAUCCCUCUGAUACCCUGAACAUUGAAGCUCUACUAAACAGCUCCAUAAAAUGUCUUUCUGAAAGUAAUGGAAAUGGUAAGAGUUUAUCCCACACCCAUGAGUUAGGGAUGAAGGGUGAGAAUAAGAAAAAUAUUUUCAAAGUUAAUAAAGACCCAUAUGUGGCUGACAUGGAAAAUGGCAAUAUUGAAAGCACUCCAGAAAGGCAGAAAGACAAACAGAAUGGGAUUUUGAAGGAACCAGAAAAUCUUGGUACAACAGGGAAGAAGAAUUCAGACAGUGAGCAUUGUAAGCGUAAAGUAUUUACGGAUAGCUCAGAUGAUGCAAAUAUUGCUGGAAAUGAAUUUGUUCCCCAGACUGUUAGACAUCGUCCAAAGAAAUGUCAAAGCCACCACCAUUUUGAAAAUUCAACAACUGCUUCUACUGCCACUGAGAAGUCUUGCCCAGAGCUGCCUUCAGAAACCAGAGUUAUCAACAGACAGGAUUCUGAUAUACUGAAAUCUUCAUCUAAUGAUGCACCAAGUGUGGUUGGAAAAUCCGCUCGUUGCUGCCUAGCACUUGAACAAAAUGAAAUAGAGGAGAAUGUUUCUGUCAGUGACAACAUUUCCUGUUGUGACUGUGAGCCAGAUGUUUUCAUUCAAAAAGAUGCUGAGGAUUGUUCCGUACACGACUUUGUUAAGGAAAUCAUCGACAUGGCUUCAACGGCCCUAAAAAGUAAGUCUCAACCUGAAAAUGAGGCAGCUGCUCCUGCCUCGUUAAGUCAGAUCAAGGAGAAGGUGUUGGAACAUUCUCACCGGCCCAUCCAGCUGAGAAAAGGGGACUUUUAUUCCUACUUAUCUCUCUCCUCUCAUGACAGUGAUUGUGGCGAGGUCACCAGUUACGUGGAAGAAAAGAGCAACACUCCAUUGCCACUGGACAUUACCGACUCUGGCUUAGAAGACAAGGAGGACCCUGAAUGCUUCUUUGAGGCCUGUGUUGAGGACGACCCGGAGGGAGACGAGCCCUGUCUCUCUGGCCCUCCUCCAAAUGAACCUGCUGUUUCUGGCGAGGCUGCUGUGCCCCAACAAGCAGCAGCAGGCUCCCCUAAGUCCAGCGAUACUUCUCUCUUAGCUGAGGAGGCACACAUGGUGGCUCUUGCGAGUCCUCCCCAUCAGGAAGAAUCUGACGUCAGCAAGGAAGCGGAUGGUUUACCCCAAGCUGCAGUCUGUGGGGAAAGGUCAGAGCUAACUACUUCAAGGCUGGGCAGUGAAAACACAGGUGAAUCAGGAAUGCCAGAGGAACGUAACACUGCUUCAGCCAAAUCUGGAGUUCCAGAACUCUCCUGGAAGGCAAAGCAGCCAAAAGACAAGGCUGCAUUGCUUCCCAACCCCAAAACUUUAACCUGUGAAGAAAAUCUUCUAAAUCUUCAUGAAGAACAACAUAAAAAUAUGCAUAGGUAGAAUGCAACCCUCUCCACGCAUGAAAAUCAUCUCAUUGAAAGAUAAGCCUGGCUGUAACUCAGGGCUGGCUUCCUAAUCCCACCCUGGGCUAGUCUGUGGUUUCAUCACAUCACUGCCAUUUGUUGCAUUGACCUCUCCCAAGAUGAAUCUUCCCUCCGAAUGCGAUUUGUCCACAUGAGCCUUGUGAUCUGGAUUGUGCACUGGUUUUCUUUAGGUGAUUGUCUUUGAAGUUUGGCAAAGCUGCUCGUUUUCCCACGGAUUCCUGUCCCAAGCUACCUCUACCAACCCCGCCUCUCCAGCGAGACUUUUCCGUUUGCCUCCUCCCUCCCCAUCUACUCUUUAAAGUUCUGCAGUCCACCAAAUCGAUGGUCCAUUACAUUCACCUGUCUGGAAUGACCCCCUGCCGGUACUUGACCAAGUUCAUGUUUCAAUCUGGAUUUUUUUUUUUUUAUGGUAUGAUGACUAUGUUUAUUGAAAGAGGUUUACCUAAAAGGCCAACAUUUGUUCUGAUUGCAGCAUACAGAAGAAACACUGGUCCUUCUUUCAAAAUUAAGCAACUUUUAAAAGCGCCAUUUUAUUUAUUUUAUUUUAAAAAUAAUUAUCUAUGCAGCACUUCAAGAAACAACUAUAUGGUGUUGUAUAUUAUAAACUGGUGACAUUCUACUGUUAAAUUAUGUACAACAUUUUUGUUUUUUAUGCUUCUUGAGGUGGUAAUGAGAAAAAAGUUUUUUAAAAAUGUGUGCCUUGCUGUAUUUCUUAUACCAUUUAUUAAAAAGCUGCUUUCACGGUAAAAUUAUGUUGGUUUGAAAGGAGGAAAUAGCAAGGUUAAGAUGUGUGAAUAAUUUCUGUAUAUAUGUAUAACCAAGUACAAACAUUGAUGUAUAAUGACAGUAUAAAAUGCUUUCAUGUUUAUGAUGUCUAGUGAUGUGGAAAAUAUAAGCCUUAAACCAUUAGAUUGCAUGGUAAUUAAAAUUGGCAUAAUAAACAUAGUUUAUUGGGGGAAAAGGAAAAUCAGUGAUCUCUUCUACCUGUGUUCUUUACCAAAUUAUUACAUCUGAUUCUGGAAAAACUGUAACACGUAGUAGCUUCCAAAAUAUCGAUAUUGCAUAAGAAGCUUAAAAUUACUUAAACUACACGUGCUUUUCAAAAUCUUUCUGAUCACUAUAAAGAUCUUGGAACACAAAUGAUUAAAUGCCAAUUCCCCUAAGCCAAUAAGAACCUAUCCUAGAUUUUUUAUUUCUACUUCUCAUUAAUGGUUUAAUAUUGGACUUUAGGCUACCUAGUCAGUCUCAUAUUUAUUUUAUGUAAUUCUUUUGAAUGGGUUUGCUAGAAAGAUGAUAGUAAAGUCUAGAAAAUUUGACUAUUUUGACUUAGACUAUAGAUUUCAGGUGUAUUUAUUUUGUGUUAAAAGAAAUUAGCUGAGAAAUAUUCCAUCUGGUCUUUAUUGCUCUUCUUAAAUGCAGUUUUUAAUUUAUAUCCUAACACCUACUAAAGUGCCUGAUACACAGUAGGUAUUCAAUAAAAAUUUACUGAAUUUAAGUAUUGAAUUAGGCAGUAUGGGUGCCAUGUACCUUUUCAUUUUGAGAGACAUACACUAAAACAUAAACAACUAGGAAAAUAGGUAAUGCAAUCAUUCAUUCACCUAAUAGUUAACUAACACAUUUUAUCUGCAAGGACUAUUCUAGACGUGGGAGAUGCAUAGACGGACAAAGGCCCUGCCCUCAGGAGGCUUACCGACAACACGGAUGUGGUGAACACACAAAUGAGAUACAGUGUCCUGCAGGCAAAGAAGAGAGCAAAGUGGUAAAAGAGGCACAAAGACAGAAGUAGCAAAGAGGGAUAAGGCAGAACAGAAGGGCUCGAAGGGAACAGAAAGUUAGACAAUAGAAAAUGAGUGAAGUUUUAUUGCAGGGAUAGUGGGCAAAGGUAAACUGGGAGACUGAAUGAGGAGUCUUUUUUAAAAAGUUAAGUUGGAGCUUUUGUAUGUAAUACGGCAGGUAGUAAGGAAAGUCUUUUGCACCUGAUUUUAUUUAUCAUUAGAACAUUAGUACAACACCAAGAACGUUUAAAAAAUACUAGCCUAUAAUUUUACCAUUCUAAUAACUAUUUGUAUUGUUAUGUGUCUUCUAAUCUUUUCCGUACAUAUUUCUAAACUGAUUAAUCAUUCUAGGCUUUUGAAUAGGUAGUAAUAGUUCAAAAGAAGUUCUAGGCAGACAUCUAGGAGUGAUGGUCAAGAUGGUUACGGGGGAAGAGAUUAGAGAUAAAUGGCUCAUUAGGAGGCAGCUGUAGAAAAUUAGCUGGGCUUGAAAUGAGAGAGGACACAGGGAUAGUGGCCCGAGAUGUAGAGAAAGAACGAAUCUUAGAGUCUUUGAAACACCUAAGAGCAUUUGGGAUCUCUGUUAAGGUAUGGUAGUAUUUUACAUAUUGAGACAACCUCAGUUUUCCUUGGGUAAUGCCAAGGUCUACAUCUACUGGAACAAACUGACCAUGACGUUCCAUUUACCUGUUAUAUGCUCACUGAAGACCUUGAGGUAUUACAAAUAUUUGUUUAUUAAUGACCUACUUAAUAUUAACACUGAAUUUGUAAAAUGACUUAUAUUGAACAGUACUUUUUCUGGUUGGAAGGGAUGGGAUAGCUUUAAUCUCUUGCUGUGUGUGGGCACCACCUCCCCAGUCAUCUUUGAAAAUGGUCACACCAACUCUGCCUACACCUUCCACUGAGUGAUUCAUUAUUUGUUAAGGCAAGCUGUCCCAUGGUUGGGUGUGUGUCUUUGUCAGAAGGUUCUUUCUUUGGUUGCUAAAAACUACAUAAUGCUCCCUUCCCACUGCUUUUAAUUUUGCUCCCAGUUCUGGUUCUGUCCUGAUGAGCUGCUCAGAGUAUUUUUACCCCUUCUUUCUCAUGGCACCCUUGAAGAUAACUGAGGCCAGUUACUCGUCUUCUCCCAGCUGCUGUGAUUUCUGUUCUUCAUUCCCUCAACUGCCCUUCACUUGUCAUGAUUUUCAGAUCCAUUUCAACCUGAGUGAAUGUUAGCAGACAGAAUCCUUGAAAUUGAGGAACUGUCUUUAUCAUCAUACGUGUAGAAAAAUAUCUGAAUAUUUAAAUGGUUUUCUCUAAAAAUAUAUUCAAGAUAUAUGUUUAUUCUAUUAUUGUAAAUUUCAAUAAAUAAAUAAAUAAAUAAUCCAUCAUGUCCUUUAGUGGCCCAGUCUAGUGCCGGAGUCAUCUUGAAUCUUUUCCUUAUAUCACAUCCAAACCUAACCUGUUUCUAUAUAAAGCAGGGUCCCCCCCCAUUUAUUUAUGCAUUUAUUCAGUCAUUCAACAAAUAUUCAUUGAGUGGCUACUUGUGUGAGGCACUGUGUUUGGCAUGAGAGAUACAAAGGCAACUAGAACAUAGUUUCUGCCUACAAAGGGUUUACAGUUUUUCUUGUGAAAGUGCCUUUCAUGUCCUUGAAUAGAGUGAUCUCUCCAAAUUAAGUGAUGACCCAUUUGUUUUCCAUCUAGUUUCUCUACAUUUUCAAAAACCUAAUGAGCAAAAAUAGUAUGCAGAAUUAUCUGGGUCUGACUACUAGAAGUGAAAUGUUUUUUGUAUCUGAAAAUUUUAAUUACAGAAAAAAAUUUCAGAUUUCUGGUCACUGAAUAAAUAUGCAUCUUACACAACAACAAAACAAUCUAAAUUCAGGGCUUUUGAGAAUCUGAGUUUGAUGAUUUUGUUGUGUUCGGCUCAUCCAAUUUAGGUUUUACCCAUGCUAAAAUUCCUGGGAACAAAUUAGAUGUAACUAUCAAAACACACUGAAAUAAUCCAGCUAUUUCUUAGGAGUCAAAUUAUUUUAAUCUCCAAAUGAGUUUAGUAUUAUUUUAGAAUUUUGAUGAAUACCUGAUUUUUCAAGCGUUGUAUAAUUCUUAUAUUUCAAAUUUUUUUACUUGAACCAACUAAAUUUACAACUUCUUUCUAUACAUUUUUCAAUUUUUAUUUUGAAUAAUUUCAGACCUAUAUAAAAGCUGAAUGAAUAGUACAAUAUUUGCAUACUCAUCACUCAGAUUUGUAUAUUGUUAAUAUUUUACCCCAUUAGUUUCAUCUCGCUCUCUAUACACACACACACACACACACACUUUUGUGUUGAACCAUUUGAAAUUAAAUUUCAGAUCCUAACACUUCAUCUAAAUGCUUCAGCCUACAUCACCUAAGAACAAAAGUAUUAUUCUACAAGUCUACAGUACACCCAAAGAAUGUAACAUUGAUACAAUAUCUGAUAAUCUAUAUCAAAUCUAUAUUCAGAUUUCUCCAAAUGCCCUAAUAAUGUCCAUUUGCAGUUGUGUUUGUUUUAAUUCCAGAUCCAAACAAAAAUCAUGCAUUGCUUUUAGUUUUUGUGUCUUUUUAAUUUUGAACAGUUUCCCUAUGCUCUUAUUCUUUCUUUCUUUGGUCUUUCAUAACUGACGUUUCUGGAAAGUCCAGGCCAGUUUUAUAGAAUGACCCACAAUCUGGAUGUGUCUAGUUGUUGUUUUCAUUAUUCAACUCAGGGUAAACAUUUUUGUCAAGUGUAGUGCACAGGUGUUGUGUUCAAUAGCUACUCUUUAAUGAAGAAUGAAUGAAUCACUGACCUUCUCGAUGUGUCUUGAAAUUCACAAGUUAUUCUUACAGUGCAUGCUUUAGUAGUUGAAGGCAGGUGUCAACAAACUACAGUUUGGACUAAAUCUGGCACACUGCCUUUUCUUGUUUGGCCUAUGAGCUAAGAAUGGUUUUUGCAUUUUUAAAUGAUGGAAAAAAAAAAA